AGAUAAUUGUAUGUCUUGGCCUGAAGAAUGGAAGAGAAAAUGUUGAAGAUCAUUCAAGGCCCGCGAAAAGAACAUACAGUUGAGAACACCAACCUAGCGGUGGUCUGUCUUGGGUGAAGCGAAUUAUGUCUUCUGACGAGGGGAAACUAUUUGUUGGUGGGCUCAGUUUUGACACCACUGAACAGUCGCUGGAAGAUGUUUUUUCAAAAUAUGGCCAAAUAUCUGAAGUCGUUGUCAUCAAAGACCGGGAGACCCAGAGGUCCAGAGGUUUUGGUUUUGUAACUUUUGAAAAUCCAGAUGAUGCCAAGGAUGCCAUGACUGCUAUGAAUGGCAAGACUUUGGAUGGCAGGCAGAUCCGUGUGGACCAGGCAGGCAAGUCAGGUGGCCGUGGUGGCGGUGGUUACCGAGGUGGAUUUGGUGGAAUGGGGGGUGGAGGAGGAUACUUUGGAGGCAGGGGCCGAGGUGGUGGUGGAAGGGGUGGACGUGGCUUCUCGCAAGGUGGUGGUGACAGGAGCUAUGGUAGUGGAGGAAGGUAUGACAACAGAAGUGGAGGUGGCUACCAGGACAGAGGCUACUACAGCAGAGACAGGGGCCAAGGAGGAGGUUAUGGAGACCGUUCAGGAGGUGACGACAGUGGGUGGUAGGCUGGCAUUUGGGAGCUCUGUCAUCCAGGCAACAACUUUGUCAUCUGCAGCCCCAUUCGGAUGACAGCGGAGCUAGCUAGACUUGAAUUCUAGCACAGAACCAGCUGCACAGAUUAAGAGAAACUGAAACUAAUUCUGUAGAUAAGAGCAGUCCUGGUUAAGUUCAGGAGAGGGCUGGCUUGCAUUCUAAGCCGUUCCGUCCCAACUGGUCCUUUUCCAAGUUUUGUUUUUUAUUUAACUUGUUUUCCAUCCAGCUUUGUGAUUUUUGUAAUUGGUAUGAAGGGAACAAAUUAAGAUUGACAUUUAGUGCCGCCAUUUCUCACAUUUAGCUUUAUAUACCCAUUAAUAAAGAUGAAUGUGAGUGGCAGAAUGUACCUCAACUGGACAGUGGUCGUGGUUUGAUGCUGCUGUGCUCUAUAAUGGUAGGACUAAAGAACAGAAAUCAUUAUUGUCCUUGUUAUCAUUCUUUUUAAGAGAACUAAGAGCGAUUAAACCGUUUGUAGACUUGUUUCAUAUUGUAAGUAUUCUGCUUUCAUUUUCAAGUAUCACAGAAAUAUUGAUUGAGACUAUUUUAAGUCUAAAAUCUUUGCAUGAAGCUGUUGGAUACUGGAGUUUUUGUUGUUGGCUCAAUUGGAAAUUGAACUGGCACUUAUUUGAUUUGAAGUCAGGUGCUACUCGAGCUUCAGCUUCAAGCACUGAAAGGUGAAGCAGGCCAGGUCUGUCACGUUUUUCCUCAGUAUUCAGAAAACAGGUUUGUUUUACAGUAUGUUGUUAAUCAUGGCAUCGUGCUGAUUUUUUUUUUUUUGCGUUGAAUUUUUUUAAAGCAUGCUUUAAUUUGACAUUUGUAUUUUUUGAAAUAAAAGCUUAAAUAAAAUUUAUCGAAAAAUGUGA